AUGAAAUUCUCAGUCAUCGAAAUUCUCUUAAAUUGCUGCGAAUUGACUAAAACACCCAUCUUCAUUGCACCAUUGCACCAUUGUCGCCAUACAUCUACCAUGUCAAAAUACCAAGCAGUGGACCAAUCUGACUCAAAUAGUGAACGGAUUCACAGUGGCAGGUCCGAGGGGAAUGGAGGGCAAGAAGGCGAACGCUUGCAUCAAGACAAUCCUGAACCCAUUAGGGAAAGCCGUGUACCGGCCGAUGAUCGACUUUCUUCAUCAGACAUGGAAACCCAAGCCUUGUUAGACCCAGAUGACCCAAUUGUAUCUCCAUUGAACUUGGAUAGAAUAAAGUUACUAAAAUACAUCCAAACGGUUUUAGUCUUUGUCAAUCUAGUAUUAUUCUUUGUUUUGUUAUUCAGUGACUUUUUCCCCAUACCCGGAUUUAACAAUAGAGGUAAAUCGUUUUUACAAAUCGAUUUGGUAUUGAUAUGUUUAUUGAUUAACGGAUUGAAUCAGGCAUCCUUUGUUGUGCCUGCUUACUAUGAACGUAUUGGUGGGUAUAUAGUCCUGGGGUUGUUGCUAAUUGAUUUAAUUUUGGUUAUUGCUAUUCCUGAAACGAGGCAAGAGCAAGGUUUUUUGGGUAGUUUCUUGAUCUUGUGGACUGCCCUUACCUCGUUGCUUAAUUCUCUAAUUGACUAUUGGGUUGAAGAAGCUAAGCAUUACCAAGAGAUUAGAUAUACUGGAAGAGUUGAAAAGCGUAAGACUGUUCGAGAAUUGUUUAUCAUUUUCGUUAAGACCAUUUUCGAGUUGUUCAUUUUAUGGGUUGUUUGGUGUAUCAGUUUAACUAUAUGGUUGCAUUGCUUUGAUAUUCAUGAGAAACCUUGGGGACAAUUGAUUCCAGUGAAUAACAACCAAUUCAGAGUACAUUUAGCUUGCUUUGGUGAUGUGUACGAUAAAAAAUCUGAUCAGCCAAUAGUCUUGGUCGAAGGAGGUCAAAUGACUUCGAGUGAAGUAUUCCAAGAAUGGAUCGAAGAGUUGCAUCAUUUGGACAAAGUUGAGAGAUAUUGUAUUUGGGAUAGACCUGGGUAUGGUUUUUCCGACUCUGCACCACCACCACAAAGUAUUGGCAUUGUUGUUGAUUAUCUUUCAGAAGCAUUAGAGUCACAAGGGAUUGAGGGCCCAUUUGCCGUGGUUGGAUUUGAUAUUGGUGGAUUAUAUGCUCGAAUGUUUGCCAGUAGACAUAGAGCUAAAAUUCAUUCAGUCCUCUUUGUUGACGCUUGGCCGGCUGACUUGUUGAAGAAAUGGCCAUUUAGCGGGUCAGGAAAGAAGAAUGAAUCAACCAAGGUAUUUAAACAUUCCUUGGAAGUUAUGGACAAUAUAACCGGUAUCAAAUUAUGGUUAAAGGGUUUCAUUUCGCCGUUGGGUAUCAUCCCGAGUUUCCAUUGGUUUUUCCACCCCAUGAAAUUUUCCAGCAAGAGUCGAGUGUUUGGUAGGGAUAUGUAUUAUCAGUCGAAAUACAUUCGUGCUAGAUGUCAGGAACAACUAAUAUCAGGUAUUUUGUCAUAUAAUGAAAUUAGAGAGGCUGACAUAAAUGAGUUACAAGUUGGAGUCAUUUCGUCAGAUUUCAUGAUUAAAAAAUCGUUGAACUGGGGUAAAUGGCAACGAGAGUUGACAAAAUUGAGUUCAAGAACCGCUGAAUGGGUGAUUGCUGAAAAUAGUGAUCAUUUUAUUUGGAGAAGUUCAAAGGGAAGAAAAGAGUUACAACAAUUGUUGUUGCGUUUAAUAGGUGAACAAGAAUAUUAG